UUGUCAUCGCCCGUGAUGCCCUAGCCGAAUUGGCCAGUUUCGAGACAACAACUGGCUCAAACAACCUUCUUGUCCUCAACCCUCAUCAAUGUCUGUGUUCAAGGGUAUCGUCAAGCUCGCAGAAAAGCUACCUGAGGGGAUUAAGCAUGCUAGAGAUGAAGCUAUAGGGCGAUUUAAUCCUAAUCGCCGUCACGAUGAAGAAGUUGAGAUUGAAGCUGAUAACAUCAGGAAAGUUAUCAAUGAAGGUCAUCGGUUCGAGAGUUUUGCAACUGAAAGAGAGGAUAACUUCGUCAAAUGGCACAUUGACGGACACGACUACAUGUGGGCGGUGUCCGAAAUGUUAGAGAACGCGAAAGAGUGUAUCUUCAUUCUUGACUGGUGGCUCACUCCUCAACUGUAUCUUCGUCGCCCUCCUGCUAAACACACCGAGUGGAGACUUGACAAUAUCCUCAAACGCAAAGUUGAACAAGGUGUCAAGGUCUAUGUCAUCGUCUACAAAGAAGUCACUCAAACUAUGACCAUGAGCUCCAAGUUGACCAAGAUGGCUCUGGAAGCCAUCGGCGUACAAGUCAUGCGACACCCAGAUCAUAUCGGUUCGAAAGACUCUGUUCAAUUCUGGUCUCACCACGAGAAAGUCGUCGUUGUUGACAACCACUUCGCUGCGAUAGGAGGCCUCGAUCUCUGUUUCGGCCGAUGGGACACGCACACUCACCCUUUGGCCGAUGUGCACCCCACUCACUGGGACGAGACGCUUUUCCCUGGCCAGGACUUCAACAACGCAAGGAUCAUGGAUUUCCAGAAUGUUGGGAAUUACGCUAGUAAUGCGUUAUCGAUUCAGGAGAGCCCGAGGAUGCCUUGGCACGAUGUUCAUAUGACGUUCACCGGACCAGCUGUUCUUGACGUUGUUCAGCAUUUUGUCGAGAGGUGGAAUGAGAUCAAGAAGAGGAAGUAUCGUGAUAGAGCAAACGUCGACUGGCUUGCUCUUCCGCAUGAGGUAGAGUAUGCCCCUCAAGAAGCCGUUGCCCGCCACCCUCACCGCGAUGCCUGGCGCGAACGAGGCCGACGUUACCGACAACGUUUCCAUUGGGGGGAAGACGAACCUCCCCGUCGUUACGAGGAAGGUUAUGGUAGACCCGAACCCUCGACCUGUAGAGUCCAGGUUGUGAGGAGUGUAUCGGAUUGGAGUCAUGGAGUUUUGACAGAACAUAGCAUUCAGAAUGCUUAUAUCCAAAUGAUCCGGGAGGCUAAUCAUUUCAUUUACAUCGAGAACCAAUUCUUUAUCUCCGCUACGAAAGAUGGCGAACAGAUCAAGAAUCGCAUUGCGGGAGCUCUAGUGGAACGAAUCGUGAAAGCCGCUCAAGAGGGAAGGAAGUUCUUUGUCAUGGUCGUCAUUCCCGAAGUCCCUGGGUUCUCAGGCAACAUUAAAGAUGAGACGGCAGUAAAGACGAUCAUGGCGGCACAGUAUAGAACUAUGAACCGAGGCGGAAGUAGUAUCUAUGAAGAGAUUAGGAAGGCGGGAUACGAACCGAUGGACUACAUCCGGUUCUAUCAUUUGAGAGCAUAUGAUAGGAUUAAUGCUCCUCCGUCAUACAUUCAGAAGCUUGAAGCCGUCUCCGGCGUCUCGUUUGUCCAAACCCAAGUCGCUCUCGCACGUGUAUGGGUCAACGAUCCCAACCCAGAAAAUUCUCAACAGACGGUUGCGAUCAAACAGCCCGAGGCGACGACUGAGGGUAUGGUCGUUGGGAAUAAAACGGAAUCCAAGAUUCAAGAAAUUCCAAUUCCUCGAUCUGAAGAAGAAGCGAAGGAUAUUAUCAGGAGGUUUGAGGAAGCUGCGGAACAGGUUCGACAGGAUGAAGAUGUUGCGGAUAAUGUGGUGCAACAUAUGUUGAUGGAUAGGACGCAGUUGGCGGAUGAGAAGUGGUUAGGGACGGAGGAUGAGGAGCGGGAGGCGUAUGUUUCCGAGUUGUUGUAUAUACACAGUAAGGUGAUGAUUGUGGACGAUACACGAGUUAUUAUGGGUUCGGCCAAUAUCAAUGAUCGUAGUCAGAAGGGGGACGGAGACUCGGAGAUUGCUCUUGUAGUUGAAGACACUGACCUGAUUGAAACUUCGAUGAAUGGGCAACCGUACAUGGCUGGACGGUUUGCGGCUACGCUAAGGCGGAAGUUGUUCAGAGAACACCUCGGCUUGAUCUCUCCCCAAAUCCCAGACGAAGAAGACGACCACCCAUCCACGUUCAUGCGUCCAGCUCCUCACCCGAACGAAGACGAAACUAAUCUUCGUGAGGAUCAGAUGGUAGCUGAUCCUCUCGCGGAAGAGACGUUGAGGCUUUGGAACGACACUGCGAAGAAGAACCGGGAGGUCUUCACGGAGAUCUUCCGGCCUGUGCCUUCGAACUUGGUCAGGAGUUGGUCGGCUUAUGAUAAUUAUGUGCCUAAAGUGAAGACGGGGCAUGUCGUUCCUGAUGUACCAUUGGAACGCAUUAAGCAGAGGCUUUCGGAAGUUAGAGGAUCGCUCGUUGAGUGCCCGAUUGAUUUCUUGAUUGAUGAGAAGGAGUUUGUGACAGGACCCGAUUGGGCUGGGCUUAACCCGACUUUACCCAUCUAUAUUUGAGGUUGGGAAUUUGGCUCCUCAGCUUUGAGGUGGUAAAACUGAAACAUUGUACCCUUAUUUUUAUGUAACUUGUAACAGAGAUGAAUACAGUAGCUACUUCGGU